UGGAAAUUCAAGGAAUUAUACGGGCUAGGAGGACGAACAUUUCUGGUACUUAAUCUAGCACCGGUGGGUUGUUACCCGUCGUUUUUGGCGGGGCUACCACACAACAGCUCCGACCUUGACGCAUUCGGGUGCGUAAUUUCCUAUAACAAUGCAGUGGUGGACUACAACAACAUGUUGAAGGAAGCUCUGAAUCAAACCAGACAAGCAAUCCCAGAUGCUUCUCUGAUAUAUGUGGAUACUCAUGCUGUUCUGCUGGAGCUCUUCCAGCACCCCAUAUCUCAUGGAUUGAAGUAUGGUCCAAGAGCAUGUUGUGGAUAUGUGGAUGGAGAUUACAAUUUUGACCCUAAGGUGUACUGUGGAAACACGAAGGUGAUCAAUGGGAGUACUCUCACAGCAAUAGCUUGUAGUGAUCCGUACAACUAUGUGAGUUGGGAUGGAAUACAUGCCACUGAGGCUGCAAACAAGCUUGUCACAUAUGCUAUUCUCAAUGGCUCUUACUUUGAUCCUCCAUUUCCUCUUCAUCAGCUUUGUGAUCUCAAACCUAUAGACUAAUGUAUUUAUCUUUCUGAACUUAGGAUUGUAAUAAAUAAUACAACAAUGGGUUAAUUUCACUUUACCCCCUCAAUUUUAAAACGUACAUUUAGACCUUUUUCUUCUCUCCACGAAUGAAAUGAGAGAGAAAGUCAGAGGAAAAAACUCCUUUUCUCUUUGCGAGAUCCUAGAGUGGAGAAUAUACAUUAUUCUUUGGGUUCGUAGGAUCAAAUGUAAAGAGUUUUAAACUUGUCUUCAUAGAAUUUUAAGCAGCAAGAGACUUCAGGGCUUGUUGGAGCUGCUGAAUAUAACAAAUCGAAGCCGAAUAUGGGUCAAGAUAGCUUGUCUACCAAGUCAAUAGGCAAAGGGCAUUGCUACACUUUCACCCUCUCCAGAAAAGGGUUUCUUCGUAUGGGUUUUGAUAGUUGAGGAUUUAAAUGUACGGUUUUAAAGUUAAGGUGGUGAGUAAGGAUUUAAAUGUACGAUUUUAAAAAUAAUCAAUCUCCUGUGAGUGUUGUAAUAUGUUUAUUUAGUAAUGAAACAAGUUUAUUACUUGCGUUCAA